UCACAACAAAAGUCGCCUCAAGGCGCUUUAUAUUGUACAGUAGACUCUAUAAUAACAGAUACAGACACAAAAGUGUCAGUUUAAUCGCAGCGCCUGCUGUUACCGACGUUUGGUGGAAACGUUCUGUUUAUGGUCUGAAACAGGCACCAUGGAGGGACGACGUCCUGUCCCAAACCCAUCACUGACCAAUCAGUGUUUGAGGGGAAAAUCACUAAAGGACGCCGAUGCUUUGACAUGCUAUGAUUCAUGAAAACUAAAACAAAAUGUGUAGAUUCAAUUUAGCUUUAUUUAUAUAACAGCUGUUCGCAACAAGCCUGCAGGUGCUUUAAGGUGGAAAGUAAAGGCUCUGCAGUAAUGAAGCCAUGCACCAGCUGUAGGUUUAGAUGAAGAAGCAGGUGGAGAUCAUUUACAGCUCGUUCACUUCGAUUCAUUGACGACUCUCUCCUGAAACGCCCCCUGCUGCACUCCGGCUGAAGUGCAACCACUUCCUGUCCGACGGGAUGUACGGGAACCUGAACGGCGGCUCUGUCCUCGUCCUCUGAUGUCGACCCUCGAAAAUACUCGCUCACCGCCAUCACGCGUGGAUUCCUCCUGCUGCUUUGCUCUCCUCCUGCUCACGGUCACGUGCUUGUGCGUGAACUUGGAGUAUUUUGGGAGGGGGUGGGCCCGACGUGGAUGACAUCAGCGCCCUGCAGGAUAUCUGGCUGCAGUGAGCGGAGGCUUCACUCGGGCUUCGGGAGGACCAGCAGCAGCAUGUGGAGCGUGCGUGGAGCCCCGCGCGCCGUGGAGCCUCAUCGGGACCUGGACACGGACUGCGCGGACCCGCCUCUGCGCCCCGCGUGCUCUCACAGGUGCUAAGGACUUUCUGGAUACCUGCGUGGGGGUGUGGCUCGUGGACAUGGAGCCCUCUUCCCUCCUGGCCGUGUUUGCGCUCGUGCUCUCCGUAGGCUUCGGGACGGAGGAGGGCGCGUGCCAGCACUGCUUCCUGCUGCGGCCGGUCCCCGGGGACGGUCUGCCGGUGGAGGCUCUGCAGGAGGACCCGGACCCGGCGCUGGACCCCACGGAGCGGGACCUGAACGUCACGGAGCUGCGUGGGCUGCUGGGAGCCCGCUUCGACCCGCGCUUCAUGUCCGCAUCCCCGCCGCAGGAGCCCCCGGACUCCCCGGGGGUCCCAGAGCCGCCGCGCGGCCGGAAGCUGCGCCGCCGGCUGCAACAGUGGCUGUGGGCGCGUGCCGCGUGCCCGGUGCAGCACGCCUGGAGUGACUUGGGCGCGCGCUUCUGGCCGCGCUACGUGAAGGUGGGCAGCUGCUCCAACAAACGCUCGUGCUCGGUUCCCGAGGGCAUGCUGUGCACGCCCGCCAGAGCCGCGCACGUGACCCUGCUGCGGUGGCGCUGCCGGCGCAGGAACGCGCUACACUGCGCGUGGAUCCCGGUGCAGUACCCGCUCAUAUCUGAGUGCAAGUGCGCGUGCCCGAGCUGAGAUUCUCAACUCACACCUGCAUCACACCUGUACAGGCGUGACAUCAUCACAGACGUGGGCAGCAGAGAACAGACUGGUUUUAUUUAUUCAUCACGUCAUCCUGUAAAAUCACGUGUUUGACUUUCUCUUCUGUUCGAGGAACAGAAAAGUGUCAAAUUUGUUUUUGCAAUAAAUGUACAAAACUGCA